CGAGCAGCACACCCGGCUUUAGUCUCUCUCUCACGCCACCGGGCUCAAACUCUUUCCGAAAAAAAAGAAAAGAAAAAAAAAAACUUAAGAAGAAACGAACGAACUAAAGAAGCACAUUAUACGUUUUUAGAUAUACGGAAAGCUUUUUACUCGCUCCUCUCGUGGUUGGAACAGAAAUGAGUCACAAAGCCGCCUUGCUGUGGAUUUUCCUGUGUUGUUCUGUGUCCUUCGUUCCCGCUUUGGGGGAAAACGCUGUUCUUAAAGGUGCUGAUGAUGGAGCCAUGGACGAGUUCUCUGACAGCAAAACCCAACACGGCACGGUCAGGUACAACAUGAGGAAGAGUCUGGACCUGGAGCAGGAGGGCUGCUACCUGCAGAUGGGCCGGAAGACGUGUCUAGAGGAGUGUGGCUUCAACGCCACCGCCAAGUCCAUCUUCAUCAUCCACGGCUGGACGAUGAGUGGCAUGUUUGAGCGCUGGAUGCACAAACUGGUGUCCGCGGUGAUGCAGAGGGAGCAGGAGGCCAACGUGGUGGUGGUGGACUGGAUCCCCAUGGCUCAGCAGCUCUACCCCGACGCCGUCAACCACACGCACGGCGUCGGCCUCGACAUCGCCGUCAUGAUCAACUGGCUUCAGGAUGAGCUGCAGCUGCCACUUGAGAACGUGCACCUGAUUGGCUACAGUUUAGGCGCCCACGUAGCCGGCUACGCGGGAACUUUUGUGGAAGGCACCAUCGGCAGAAUCACAGGUCUAGAUCCCGCGGGGCCGAUGUUUGAGGGCGUGGAGGAGGAGAAGCGCCUCUCCCCGGACGACGCCGACUUCGUGGACGUUCUGCACACGUACACCCGAGAGGCUCUGGGCGUGAGCAUCGGGAUCCAGCAGCCAAUUGGGGACGUGGACAUUUACCCCAACGGAGGCGAGGUGCAGCCCGGCUGCGGGCUCGGCGACGUGCUGGCAGUGGCAGGAAAUUUCAUGGAGGUGAUGAAGUGCGAGCACGAGCGGGCCGUGCACCUGUUCGUGGACUCGCUGAUGAACAAGGAGCACGUGAGCUUCGCCUUCCAGUGCACCGGCCCCGACCGCUUCAAGAAGGGCAUCUGCCUCAGCUGCCGCAAGAACCGCUGCAACAACAUUGGCUACAACGCCAGGAAGAUGCGCAAGAGGCGCAACAGCAAAAUGUACCUGAAGACCAGAGCUGACACUCCCUUUGGAGGCUACCACUACCAGAUGAAAAUGCACAUUUUUAACAGGAAGCAGUCGGACAACGCAGACCCCACCUUCUACGUCAAGCUGUACGGCGCCCACAACGAUACGGCAAAAAUGCUCGUUGUCCAUGACGACGUGAUCGGCCUGAACCUGACGAACACCUUCCUGGUCUUCACCGACGCGGACAUCGGCGACCUCCUGAAAAUCAGCCUGACCUGGGAGGGAGAGUCGGAAUCGUGGAACUCUGUCUGGAAGACCUUCAAGAAGUCCCUGUGGGCCUGGAACGCCAAGCCCCCCAAGCCUGUGCUGGAGGUCCGGCGGAUCCGCGUGAAGGCUGGAGAGACGCAGAAGAAGUUUACUUUCUGUGCGCAAGACCCUUCAAAAACCGAGAUCUCGCCUGGGGAGUCCUUAACCUUCGUCAAAUGUCGUGAUGGCUGGGAAGUCAAACCAAGAAAACGGCUGCUCAUGUAACAAAGUGGCGCCGCCAGUGACCAAUGCACCGACACCACGGGGGACCCAACACGGAGAAGCUCCGCCUUCUCGUCAUUUGAGCACUUUUUUUUCUUUGGAGGAUUGAUCUGCAUUUAUUUUCAGGGGGGGGGGGGGGGGGGGGGGUUACAGGUCACAGACCCCUUAUUGUUUCCAAUGGCCUCAAAUUGAGGACUAAAGGGGUUUGUGUGGGAUAAAGGGUGGCUGCAAAGUGAUGCGCAGGCUGGUUAGCGGUGGCAGUCCUAUAUGUGUUGAGAUUGUUCGUAAAGUUGCAGACGGUUCUUUGUAUGUUUGUUUGUUUUUUUGUUUCCGUGUGAAGUAGAAUACAAAUCUGUGCCAGUGAACUGAGACAGUUGUAGGAGAAGUAGCCUUAUUGUACAUUUUUAAAUAUUUUUAUUUAUGGAAAAGAAUUGAAGCACUGCAAGACCAAUGUUAUUUAUCAGAACACAUCCCAGAGAAGCACAUGUUGACUUUCUUGCAAAUGCAGUAUUUGUGGUGUGUGUGUCUGUGUUUCGAAGUGUGUAUGUGACCAAGACGUUUGCCUUUUCUGCUGAGAGAUUACAACACACUGUAUAACUUAAGAUGAUCCGUUACAUAAUGCUAAGAGAUUCUGUGCAUAGUGUUACAAUGUCUUUAUAACUUUUGGGAUGUGUCUGUACAUAAUGUAAAUAACCUUUCUUUUUUGUUUGUUUGAAAAUAAAUUCAUCUGUUUGUAGAA